AUGUCAGACAUGCAAGCGGAUGAAGGAGGAAAGCCGAGCCCGGAUCACGGAGAAGGCGCAUCUUCUGCCCUUCCUGUGAAAGAAGUCAUCAAAGAAGUGCUGGAAGCUGCUAAGAUUGUCAAAAUGGAGAAGGCCGCCAAAUGUGAGGCAAAGAUAGUCUAUGACGACCAGAAAGGAUCUUCUUCUGCUACUAUUGCUCCAGAAAGCACCACUGCCAAGAAAGCUGCUCGAUCGCGCACAGAUAGUGGAGAGGAUGCCGAGUCUUCGGCAUCUCAAAUGAUCCAGAGAUCUCCAAGUCCAGUCGUCGCUAUCGACCCACCGAACACACCCGAGGAUCUCGAGAAGGAUCCAUCCCCAAGUGAAGAGGAGGAGGAGGUUUCUGUGAACCGUGAAGAUGCUCCAGGAGACGUUGAGGAGCAACAAGGUGCCUCUGACGUUGUCAGCAAGACUAAGAAGGUCGUUACCACUUCUCCGGCACUGGCACAGAAGCCAAUCGCUCUCCCAGCGGUUCAGCAGAUUCGGGAUCAGGAGACAACUGUCGCGACAUCGGCUUCGUCUGCUCUAGCGGCUCGGGAGCCGCGAGCUCGUCGUUCAGCUCCAUCGAAGCGCUACCCGACGGACUUGUUUCACGUCCCCGACCUGGGUGCUCCAAAGAAGAACAAGAAGACAGCUUGA